AUGGCAGACCGUCUCGCAAGAGAGGCGAGAAGAGAAGCUGAGGCUAACCGUAUGGAAGAAGGCGAGCAGAGAUCGUCGGAACAAGAGCAUAGAAGAGCAGCUGUCACUGCUGCAGAGCGCAUGGCUGGUUUCCAACCCACUGCAUCCUCAUCGCGCAUGUCAGAAGACACACAAGCCCACCACUCCUCAAGACUGCGCUCCCAACCUGCCACACCCGCACAACCAGCCAUGGGUCAAGCCAUGCCUUCGCACAGAAAAAGUCAGACUGCCACACAAGCUGGAGCACGUGUGUCAUCGGCGCCCGAGACUCCCAAGCCUCCCCGAUUCAACGAUCUCAGACCAGAAGAUGUGCCUCAGCCUAGCAACCGCGCAGCCUUCCCUCAUGCUUUCGAAAGAUGGGAAUUCCUGUCCUCGCAUUGGGAAGGCCUCACUUCCUACUGGUUGCACAAGUUGGAAGACAACCAAAAGGAGAUUGCUCGCGUUCUGCCAGGUGCACCUGCCAUGCAACGUCAAAUCCAGGAUCUUUCGGCUGCUGGAGCCAACCUGUUCCACGCAUUGGUCGAACUCCAGCGUCUCAGAAACAGCUCUGAGCGCAAGUUCAAACGUUGGUUCAGUGAGGCCAAGGCUGAACAGGAGAAGUGGCUGGAGGCCCAAGCUGACCUGCAAGGCCAACUCAAUGCUGAGCGCCUCGCAAAAGACGAGCUCCAGCUUCAGCUCGAAGCCGCUCGUAGAGGUAUUGUCCAUGAGAAGAACCGUGCCAGUGAGGAUCGCAAGGAGCUGUACAUCGCGAAGAAUGAGGCAAGACGCGCCUGGGAGAGUCUCGGAGAGAGGAAUGUCAAGGAUCUCGAAUGCUUGAAGAACCUCCGUGAAGGUCUUCCCACCAUCAUCGGAGGAGAAAUCCACGUGGUUCCCCUUUCCACUUACAAGCAGGAUAUGGAGCGUCGUCCCGCCACUGCCGACAGCCCUCAAUACCAUCAAGCAAGAUCGCAGCAGUCGCAGCAUACACAGCAGCCUCAGCAGCAGUACCAGCCCAUCGUUCCGGAUGUGCAGUACCAGGCCGAUGAGCCCUCGCCUACCAACACUGACCCUUUUACCGAGGCAGCUAGAGCCGGUCAGCAGUUGCACCAUGAGCCUGACCUUGAGCAGCUCGGUCCCGAGGACCGCCAGCCAUACCUUACCGGCAGUACUCCCGCUUCGAGCUCGACUGCCCGUACUUUCAUCUCGCCGCAGGAGCAGCGCCGCGACAUGUCUCCACAAGGCAUGUCUCCUCUCUCACCUAACGUCACCACCACUCGUCCUAUGUUUCAAUCCAGUCAGUUAGUCGGUAGUGGUUCAGCCAGGGAUCAGCCUGAGCUCUUUUACCAGCAACUCCCUGGUAAGGUCUACCUUCACUCUUCACCUGGAAGUGGUGCUUCAGGCUCCAAGACUCCCACCGCCGUACCCGCUCAGGAAGCUCCUGGUCUAGGUUCGCGCCCUUCCUUCGACUCGAACACGUCUGAAGGAACUGAAUAUGAGGUGGAUCAACACGGAAACGUCCGCCGUGACGCUCAGGGACGUCCCGUCGUGUAUCGCAACCCCAACCGCAGCACUACACAAAACGUUAGCCACGUAUCUUCCGAAGAGUACGAUACUGCCGCUGAUGUCGCGCGCGAACGCGAGCUUGGCGCUCGCUACGGUGUCGGUGUGGCCCCUCCCCCGGUCCCCCGCGCGCCUACGAGCAGCGCCGAAGCCAUGGCCUCGUUUGCUACUUCCACUGUUGGCGAUGUUGACGACAUGCCUGCUGGCUAUCAAGCUGCCGAACCUGCCGACUAUGAGGGUGCAGGCUAUGGCGACUGGGAAGGUCUCCAGUCCAGACAUCACCACCCCACUCGCCUUUCCGACGUUUUGGAAGAAGACGAACGAAGCCGCACCACUGCUGAAUAG